UUGCAGGAGGUGGUCGCCUGAUAGACAAGAUUCGCAAGUGGUAUUAUAAUGCAGCUGGAUUCAACAAACUCGGACUAAUGCGAGAUGAUACGUUAUAUGAAGAUGAUGAUGUAAAAGAAGCAGUGAAGAGACUCCCAGAACAUCUGUACAAUGAAAGAAUAUUUCGCAUAAAGCGAGCACUCGACUUAAGCCUGAAACAUCAGAUCCUUCCGAAAGACCAGUGGGUGAAGUAUGAAGAGGAUCAGCAUUAUCUUGAACCAUACCUAAAAGAAGUAAUCCGUGAAAGACUCGAAAGAGAAGCAUGGAACAAGAAAUAACUCUUAAACUACUUCAUGCAAAUAGCCACAUAUUCGUGAUAUUUUAAAACAUUUGUUAUAGAGGUCUGCAGGGAAGCAAAUGUGAGGCUGAGGAAUACUGUUUCAGCUUGUUCACUGAGUCUGUUCUUCCAACUAAAAUAAACAUGUCAAAGUAUAAAA